ACAUGGUAGUUGUUUUCUGCAAAUCUGAAUGCAGAUUAGAGAUGUAAGAGCUGGUUACCCACCUUUUUCUCUCUCUCUAAUCAGUUAGUAUCCUUACCCUCCAGAGAAAAGUAAAUUGCUAUAUUUCAGAGUCAAAUGAUAAUUGCCCCAGUGCCUCUUGAUUUGUCUUAUGAUUCAGCUGUAUUUCUAAGGCUCCAUCCUGGAACAUGGUUAGGAGGAAUGUCGAUGUCUCAGUCUUUGGAUGAAUAAAAAAGAAGUGAUGAUAAUAAGCUGAACUUUAAGAAAUUUCCUGUCUUUGCACAGAGUUGCAAAUGAGGAUAAUGAUAAAAACUGACAGAAGGUUGCUUUUCUUACCCAGCCACAAAACAAACUCCAUGGCUGACCAUUCAAAAUAAGGUUAAAUUCGGUGAACACCACCCUCACUUUUUUGCAUCGUUCAGCAGCAGCAGCAGCAGAAGAGGCAGCAUAUUGGAAAUCCAGCCACUUUUUAAAAUUAUUUUUGCAAGACACUGAGGAGAUGCCAUCAGGAGAUGGAAACACCAGCCCCAGUCUGCACCCAGCUUGCUUCCUCUCCUUCAGAAGCAACUGACAUGCCUGGUUUUACACAGCACUGAUUUGCCUCUGUGUUUGGAUGCAUGCCCCCCCUCCCUCCUCCAAGUUGUCUGGGUUGCAAAACAGUGGCCCAGCAGCAGCAGCAGCAGCAGCAGCUGCUCAUCUUUGGCUGGGGAAGAUUAUGGUGGCGGCUCAGCAGCACUGGCAGCAAAAGCAUCACUGGAUGAAGCAGCAGCAGCAGAGCAGGACUCUGCCUGGAUGCAUUUUUCACUGAAAAUCACCAGCAUCUGAGACUUGGCAGCUGAGCAGGCAUUUGACAGCCUCUGCAAGGAAGAGAUCUGGGAAAGGCAAGGAAGGAAGGAACCAGGUUUUCUUCUUCUUCCCCCUCCUGUGUGUUUCCAAGGAGGGGGGGCUUGCUUAUCAUGGCGGAUCGGACAGCUCCUCGGUGCCAGCUCCGUCUGGAGUGGGUCUAUGGCUACAGGGGUCACCAGUGCCGCAACAACCUGUACUACACAGCAGGCAAGGAAGUGGUGUACUUCGUGGCUGGGGUCGGAGUGGUCUACAACACCAGGGACCACAGCCAGAAAUUUUUCCUGGGGCACAACGAUGACAUUAUCAGUCUAGCUCUACACCCAGAUAAAACGAUAGUUGCUACGGGGCAAGUUGGGAAGGAUCCUUACAUUUGCAUCUGGGAUUCCUACAGUGUACAGACUGUUUCUAUUUUGAAGGAUGCGCAUACCCAUGGAGUUGCCUGCUUGGCUUUUGAUUCAGAUGGCCAGCGUUUAGCUUCAGUGGGAUUGGAUGCCAAAAACACAGUCUGCAUAUGGGACUGGAAGAAAGGAAAACUACUAGCAUCAGCUACUGGCCAUUCAGAUAGGAUUUUUGAUAUUUCCUGGGAUCCAUAUCAACCCAACAGAGUGGCUAGCUGUGGUGUGAAACAUAUCAAGUUUUGGACAUUGUGUGGAAAUGCCUUGACAGCCAAGAGAGGAAUAUUUGGGAAAACGGGAGACCUGCAAACUAUCUUAUGUCUGUCCUGUGCAAAAGAUGAUGUUACAUACUCAGGUGCUUUAAAUGGAGACAUCUAUGUCUGGAAAGGGCUCACCUUAGUCCGAACAAUUCAAGGUGCUCAUGGUGCUGGAAUUUUUAGUAUGUAUGUGUGUGAGGAAGGCUUUGCUACUGGUGGUAGAGAUGGCUGCAUCCGGCUAUGGGACAUGGAUUUCAAGCCUAUAACUAAAAUAGAUCUCAGGGAGACUGAGCAAGGAUACAAAGGUUUGUCUAUCCGAAGUGUAUGCUGGAAAGCAGAUCGACUUUUAGCAGGGACACAAGACAGUGAAAUAUUUGAGGUGAUUGUGAGAGAAAGAGAUAAACCAAUGCUAAUAAUGCAAGGUCACUGUGAAGGCGAGCUGUGGGCUCUGGCAGUACAUCCCAAGAAACCAUUGGUUGUUACUGGCAGUGAUGAUCGAUCUGUACGUUUAUGGAGCCUCGCUGACCAUGCCUUGAUUGCCCGUUGCAAUAUGGAGGAAGCUGUGCGGAGUGUUUCUUUCAGCCCUGAUGGAUCUCAGCUGGCACUGGGAAUGAAAGAUGGCUCUUUCAUUGUUCUGAGAGUAAGAGAUAUGACAGAGGUAGUUCAUAUCAAAGAUCGGAAAGAAGUAAUUCAUGAAAUGAAAUUUUCACCAGAUGGCUGCUACCUUGCAGUGGGUUCCAAUGAUGGUCCAGUGGAUAUCUAUGCAGUUGCUCAGCGGUAUAAGAAAACUGGAGAAUGUAACAAAUCUUCUAGUUUUAUCACCCAUAUUGACUGGUCUUUGGACAGUAAAUUCUUGCAAACUAAUGAUGGUGCAGGAGACCGUUUCUUCUACAGGAUGCCAUCUGGGAAACAUAUACUAAGCAAAGAUGAGAUCAAAGGGCUUCAUUGGGCUUCGUGGACCUGUGUGGUGGGAUCAGAAGUGAAUGGAAUAUGGCCCAAGUACAGUAAUAUUAUAGACAUCAACUCUGUGGAUGGAAAUUAUAAUAAUGCAGUUAUGGUGACCGGGGAUGAUUUUGGAUUAGUUAAAUUGUUCAGAUUUCCUUGUCUAAAGAAAGGAGCUAAAUUUAGAAAAUAUGUUGGACAUUCUGCACAUGUUACUAAUGUCCGCUGGUCACAUGACUUUCAGUGGGUAAUAAGUACUGGUGGUGCUGAUCACUCUGUCUUUCAGUGGCGGUUUAUUCCAGAAGGUAUAACAAAUGGGAUCCUUGAAACAGUACCCCAAGAAAGUGGCAUAGAUUCACACAGUGAAGAAUCAGAUUCUGAUUUAUCUGAUGUGCCAGAGUUAGACUCAGAUAUUGAGCAAGAAGCUCAAAUCAACUACAUUCGACAGGUUUACAAAGAAGACCUACCUCAGCUGAAGCAGCAAAGUAAAGAGAAAAACCAUUCAGUGCCCUUCCUUAAAAGAGAGCGAGCCCCUGAGGACAGUUUAAAGCUGCAAUUUAUACAUGGUUAUAGAGGCUAUGACUGUCGAAACAAUUUAUUCUACACACAGACCGGAGAGGUGGUUUAUCAUAUUGCUGCUGUUGCUGUUGUGUAUAGUAGACAACAACAUACCCAAAGACUGUAUCUUGGUCAUGAUGAUGAUAUCCUCAGCUUAGCCAUCCAUCCUGUGAAAGAUUAUGUUGCUACUGGACAAGUUGGGAGGGAUGCUGCUAUACAUGUUUGGGAUACCCAGACACUCAAAUGUUUAUCACUACUAAAAGGCCAGCACCAAAGAGGAGUGUGUGCACUGGAUUUUUCAGCCGAUGGUAAAUGUUUGGCAUCGAUUGGAUUAGAUGACAACCAUACCAUUGUACUCUGGGACUGGAAAAAGGGAGAGAAGAUGGCAGCAACGAAGGGUCAUAAAGACAAGAUAUUUGUAGUGAAAUGCAAUCCUCAUCAUGCUGAUAAGCUUGUGACAGUUGGAAUGAAGCACAUCAAAUUUUGGCAUCAAACAGGUGGUGGUUUUACCUCCAAACGUGGCAUCUUUGGAAAUAUUGGGAAACAGGAAACCAUGAUGAGUGUUUCCUAUGGACGAAUAGAGGACCUGGUUUUCUCUGGAUCUGCAACAGGAGAUAUUUAUAUCUGGAAAGAUAUUUUGUUGCUCAAAACAGUGAAAGCUCAUGAUGGACCUGUAUUUGCUAUGCAUGCCUUAGAUAAGGGCUUUGUGACAGGUGGAAAGGAUGGUGUGGUGGCACUUUGGGAUGACACAUUUGAGAGGUGCCUGAAGACAUAUGCCAUUAAAAGAGCAACGUUGUCACCUGGCUCAAAAGGGUUGCUUUUGGAAGACAAUCCAUCCAUCCGUGCCAUCACUUUAGGACAUGGGCAUAUUCUGGUGGGAACAAAAAAUGGUGAAAUUCUGGAAAUUGAUAAAUGUGGUCCUAUGACUCUACUUGUGCAGGGUCAUAUGGAAGGGGAAGUCUGGGGUCUGGCAGCUCAUCCCCUCUUGCCCAUCUGUGCGACAGUGAGUGAUGAUAAAACUCUGCGGAUCUGGGAGCUUUCCUCCCAACAUCGUAUGCUGGCUGUGAGAAAACUUAAGAAAGGUGGAAGAUGCUGUGCCUUCUCCCCUGAUGGAAAAGCCUUGGCCGUCGGUUUGAAUGAUGGGAGUUUUCUCGUGGUGAAUGCUGAUACUGUGGAAGAUAUGCUCUCUUUCCAUCACAGAAAGGAAAUGAUCUCAGACAUCAAAUUUUCACGAGAUUCAGGAAAAUAUCUGGCUGUAGCUUCCCAUGACAAUUUUGUAGAUAUUUACAAUGUGCUUACCAGCAAAAGAGUUGGCAUUUGCAAAGGAGCAUCCAGUUAUAUCACACACAUUGACUGGGAUUCAAGAGGGAAGCUAUUGCAAGUCAAUUCUGGUGCCAAAGAACAGUUAUUUUUUGAAGCACCAAGAGGAAAGAGGCAUAUAAUAAGACCCACUGAGAUUGAGAAAAUUGAAUGGGACACCUGGACAUGUGUCCUUGGUCCUACCUGUGAAGGAAUUUGGCCAAUGCAUAGUGAUGUCACAGUCAUCAAUGCAGCUUCACUUACCAAAGACAGUACUCUCUUAGCUACAGGAGAUGAUUUUGGGUUUGUAAAGCUCUUCAGAUAUCCAGUAAAGGGUCAGCAUGCCAAGUUCAAGAAGUAUGUGGGCCACAGUGCUCAUGUCACCAAUGCCCGGUGGUUACAUAAUGAUUCCGUGCUUUUGACGGUGGGUGGAGCUGAUACUGCUCUGAUGAUCUGGACUCGAGAAUUUGUAGGAACCCAAGAAAGCAAGCUAGUUGACAGUGAGGAGUCAGAUACUGAUGCAGAAGAAGAUGGAGGUUACGAUAGUGAUGUUGCACGAGAAAAAGCUAUCGACUAUACUACAAAAAUCUAUGCAGUGAGCAUCCGAGAAAUGGAGGGCACUAAGCCACACCAGCAACUGAAGGAGAUUUCAGUGGAAGAAAGGCCAUCAGUAAGCAGAGCUGCUCCUCCACCUGAGAAAUUGCAAAAGAAUAAUGUCACAAAAAAAAGGAAACUAGUUGAGGAAUUGGCUUUAGAUCACGUUUUUGGAUAUCGUGGAUUUGAUUGUCGCAACAACCUUCAUUACCUCAAUGAUGGUGCUGAUAUUAUUUUUCAUACUGCUGCAGCAUGCAUAGUUCAAAAUCUUUCCACAGGAAUCCAGACUUUCUACCUGGAGCAUACAGAUGACAUCCUCUGCCUAACUGUGAAUCAACAUCCAAAGUAUAAAAACAUUGUAGCAACAAGCCAGAUUGGUACAACACCUUCCAUCCAUAUAUGGGAUGCUAUGACUAAGCAGACUCUGUCUAUGCUGCGUUGCUUCCAUUCCAAAGGUGUGAACUAUGUCAACUUCAGUGCAACUGGCAAGCUCCUGGUGUCUGUAGGUGUUGAUCCUGAACAUACAAUCACAGUGUGGAGAUGGCAGGAAGGUGCUAAAAUUGCAAACAGAGGAGGCCACCUAGAAAGGAUCUUUGUUGUAGAGUUCCGUCCAGAUUCAGACACCCAGUUUGUGUCGGUUGGAGUAAAACACAUGAAAUUCUGGACUCUGGCUGGAAGUGCUUUGCUCUAUAAAAAGGGAGUCAUUGGUUCCUUGGAAGAUGCCAAAAUGCAGACUAUGCUUUCUGUGGCCUUUGGAGCUAAUAAUCUUACUUUCACUGGUGCCAUUAAUGGAGACGUUUAUGUCUGGAAGGAUCAUUUUCUCAUUAGACUGGUGGCAAAAGCUCACACUGGUCCUGUCUUUACAAUGUACACAACACUUCGUGAUGGACUCAUUGUUACAGGAGGGAAGGAGAGACCUACAAAAGAAGGAGGUGCUGUGAAACUUUGGGAUCAAGAGAUGAAGCGCUGCCGAGCAUUUCAGCUUGAGACAGGACAGAUUGUGGAGUGUGUACGUUCAGUGUGCCGAGGAAAAGGCAAAAUAUUAGUGGGGACCAAAGAUGGUGAAAUCCUUGAAGUUGGAGAAAAAAAUGGUGCUUCUAAUCUUCUGAUUGACAGCCACAUGGAAGGAGAGAUUUGGGGCUUGGCAACUCAUCCCUCCAAGGAUAUCUUUAUCUCUGCUAGUAAUGAUGGAACUGCAAGAAUCUGGGAUCUUUGUGACAAGAAACUUCUGAACAAAGUGAAUCUGGGACAUGCUGCCAGGUGUGCAGCCUACAGUCCUGAUGGUGAGAUGGUUGCCAUUGGCAUGAAGAAUGGAGAAUUUAUCAUUUUACUUGUGAACAGCCUUAAAGUUUGGGGCAAAAAGAGAGACCGGAAAUCUGCUAUCCAGGACAUCAGGAUCAGCCCUGAUAAUCGAUUUUUGGCAGUGGGUUCACAAGAACAUACCGUUGACUUCUACGACCUAACCCAAGGCACAACAUUGAACCGGAUAGGCUAUUGUAAAGACAUCCCAAGCUUUGUCAUUCAGAUGGAUUUUUCAGCAGACAGCAAAUACAUUCAGGUAUCAACUGGUGCCUACAAACGCCAAGUCCAUGAGGUGCCAUUAGGCAAGCAAGUGACAGAUACAGCACUGAUUGGGAAGAUCACUUGGGCCACUUGGACAAGCAUCCUUGGGGAUGAAGUCAUUGGCAUUUGGCCCCGAAAUGCUGAUAAAGCAGACGUCAACUGUGCCUGUGUGAGCCAUGCUGGCUUAAACAUCAUCUCUGGAGAUGAUUUUGGAUUAGUCAAACUCUUUGACUUCCCAUGCAGUGAAAAAUUUGCCAAACAUAAACGUUACUUUGGCCAUUCUGCACAUGUAACCAACAUUCGCUUUUCUCAUGAUGACAAGUAUGUUAUCAGCACAGGAGGAGAUGACUGCAGUGUGUUUGUAUGGCGAUGCCUCUGAAGUCAGUUCUCCCUGGUGUCACUCUUACUACCAUGCCAUAUGAGUGCCAAACUGUGGACAUUAAGGAAUGCCUUCCAAGAGCUCAGCACCUGGCUGUGUUAAACAUUGCAUUGAUUUACACAUCUGUGAAAUCUACAUGCAGUUUAGUUGGAUGCCACACUGAGCUCCUGUUGUGCAACCAUUGGGAAUUAAAACAUUUGGUCUUUAGCCUAAACCAGGGUUGGGGGAUCUGUGGUCCUCCGGAUGUGGUUGGAAUCUAUCUCCCAUCAGGUUCAGUCAGCAGGACCAGUGGUCAGUGAUGAUCACAGUUGUAAUCCAACAACAGCUUGAGGACCACACAUUAUAUGGGUUCAGAGGGCAUUAAAUCUAUCUUGCCAAAUUAAUUAUACAAAUUUAUCUAACAGCACUUUGUGGAAACUACGUUAGUCAUGUUUUAAAUAUAUACAUUAACAGUGUAAUCCUAUGCAUGUCUACUCAGACGUAAGCAUCAUCAUUUUAAAUGGGGCUUAUUCCUAGGUGUGUCUAGGAGUACAGCCCAAGACUUUUCAAACAAGCCCUUUCAAACCCUUAUUUGUUGAGGAAUGUGGACCAAGCCUUAUUUGGGUAAUGGGUAUUUUUUUAUUUAUUUUAAAAAUUACAGUGUCUGCUAUCCCCCAAGAUUAAAAAUUUUAAAAUAAUUGCAUUUGCCACUUUUCAGUGAAGUGCCUUUUGAAAGCUUUUCUGGUAGUGUGGGAUGACACUUUUCUUCUUGCCAGUCUCUGCUUUCUAUCCACGGUGCUACAACUUACCUAGCUGAGGAGGGCUGUCAAAGUCAUUUUCUUCCCUUUGAUACACAUAUCCAACUGUUUUUUGUCUUAAUAUUUUAACUGAAUCUCAAGUAGUUCCUUUAACAAAAAGGACAAAACAGAUGCAGCUUAAGGCACAUGCCACAGAUGGUUACCAGCUAGUCAGUGGCCCAGCCACAUGUUGAAAGCAACCUUUAAGUGAGGUUGAAAAUGAAGAACGUACAUGCAGCUUAUGACCACUGUUUCCCCUCCAAAAUGUUUUCCUUCUUCAGCGCUUGGGUCAAGGCCUGUAACAGCAGAGAUGACAUGCUUAGAACUUUUCCAAGGAAAGAUCACCCUUCCAUUUUUUCCAUCAUGAGAUGUCUCAAGGACAUUUGUUUCCUUUCGUGAGUUCAGUAACAGACAACUUGGCACCCAUUCAGACUCUGUCCUGGCAGGGAACCAAGUAGCUGUGGAACUUGGUUCUUUCUCCAGAGCAACCGAGUAAGAGCAGUGGUUUAGCAUGUAGUUUAUCCAUGGCUGCUAGUUAUGAUGACAAUAUAUUACCUCCAGUAUCAGUACUAGUAUGUCUGUGAAUACCAGCUGCUGGAGAAUAUAAGUCUGUGAGCUACUGCACUCACGUCUGGUUCAUGCGGAAAGCCCACAGGCAUCUGUAGGAACAUGAUAGAGGAGUAGAGAGGCCUUUGGCCUGAUCCAGCAGAACUCUUCUGUCCCCUGCACGAAGGUCCUAAGGUUCAGUUCCAUAUAACCUGGAUGUAGAAGCCAUAGACAGUUGUGAGAAAGGACUGAGAAGUAUCUUUUCCCCAAAGAACUGCAAGGCUUGUGUUGAAGACCACCUAAAAGUAGUUGGCUGUACUCAUUGGAUGGCCAGUCACUGUGUAAGCAAGAAUUACCAGCAGGUGCUCAAAAGAUAUUAUUGUAUUCCUUUGCAGCACAUUAUAUACUGGAAACAGAUACCUCCCCAUAGAAGAUGGAUGAGGAGCAGGGUUAAAGGUGUAAAUUACAAUUGUUCUAGGAAGAAGUUUACUUGAUGAUCCACAAUGAUAAGCAGCUCACUUCAGUUUCUGGACAAAUAGAAAAAGCAAGGAGUCUUCAGAGUAGUAGAAAGGCAAAUCAAUGUAUAAAAACACUAAAGUGCUUGAGUAAACUCAAAGAACUCCAAUUUAUUUAUAUUUAUUUUAUUAACGGAAUAUAUUAAUGCCUUACGCUCUCUAAAUUUCCAACAAAUCCCUAUGCAGUCUGAUUUCCCCCACUAUUUGUAAGCAAGAUUCCUGUAUUAGACAAUGUAACCAUAUCAAGUUGGUGAUGUCAGGUGGUCACCUUAUAUGCCUAUGUUGUAAUGUUGGCCUUUCAUAUUGAUUGUAUCUUAAAUUUACAGGAAAAAUACCAAGAACAACCCUGUGGUAAUGAAUUGCUAUACCGUGAAAUUGUGCAACAAUAUUUAACAGCAAUAGUGUGUGAAUGUGUGUGCGUAUGUCAGGAAGCAAUUUGUACUUGUUUAUAUGGUUUGGUUUUUAGGUACAUUAUGCUCAGACCAGAUGCUGUAUUAUAAUGUAAAUUAAAAUAGCAGUGCAUGAGUUUAUUUUUUAAAGGUUUCAGUAAAAGAUUUAUGAUUUGAAAACAGCCAUCUCUCAGAUUUUCAUUCAGCAACAUCCCACGAGCCAGAAAUGGCCAACUUGUAUUUUGUUGUCAUACCUAACAACUAGUGAUCCCAGACUGUCAAACCACUCAGCUGCCAAAUAGAAUAAAAUAAGAGCAAGUGGCUUGUUCA